AUGAAAAAGUUCAUGAGGAUAUUGGCACCAGUAGUUGACAAAAUAGAUCCUGAGAAAGUGAAGAGAGCGAGGGCUUAUCAGAGGUUUACGCAGCUGGUAGAUGAUAUUGCUGAUGUGUCUACAGAUGUAAUCUACAAAACAGAUUCAGAUGUCACAAAAAAUGCCAUAAUAAGAUAUGAGAAUUUGUUGGAAUUGAAAAGCUGUGCAGCUGAGCUUAAGGAACGAGGUUAUAUUCAUGCAGUGCCAUCACAGAAACUCAUCAAGCUGCUCAGUGCAUUGCAAAUGAACAUCCGUGUUGCUGUUUAUGUCUCUGUGAGAACUGAUCCUUUCUUAGACUGGUCAUCACCACCACCACCACCACCACCACCACCACCAUCACCACCAUUUAAGGCGAGAGGGCUUGAGAAGAAGGAUGCAAGUGCCCAGUUUCAUUUACUCUGUCUUCGCUGUUUGGGUUUGAUACUUUCAAAAGUACGGAGUGAUGCUGUAUUUUCACAAGGCAGAAUAAAUGAUGUUAUUCGUGUUGUGAAUUUGUUGAGAAGUCAGAAAAUGUCUGCUGGUGAAGAGAUAAUAUCAGAGAAACACUACAGUAAGGUGGAAAUUGUCGAAGCCCUACAGUAUGGGUUGAUCGAUUAUUUGACUGUAAACAUCAAUCAGAAUCAAAACAUCUCAGAUCCUAGACAUUAUUACCUGAUGAAGUGGUAUCUAGAUGACAGUGUGCCCCAACUGAAAGAAAGUAAAUGCAAAACACUGAAGACCUCAAAUGAAGGAACCAUCACUGGAUGUCAAAAGAAUUCGCUAAACGAAUUUCAUAAGGAUGGAAGAAAUAGCAAGGGAAAAGCUAUUAAGUGUUUGAUAAUGAUAGUUGAAGCAGAUGCAUCUAUCUUGGGCAGAGAGGAUAUUCAGCAGUGUAUUAACCUCUCACUAGCUCAUAGCUCUACCUUGGUGCGUGAAAAAACUAUUGAUCUCAUUGGAAAGUUUAUACUUACUCAACCAGAUAAUUUUGAAAGAUAUUAUGAUUGCAUCAUGCAUUUCAUACAGGAUUCUGGUCUCAGUGUCAGGAAACGAGUGAUAAAAAUCAUGGAGGAAAUAUGCGAAAAAAUAUCAGACCAUCACAAAAUUCCAAAAAUAUGUGCAAAAGUGAUGGAAAGAAUCUAUGAUGAAGAAGAAAGUGUUAGGAAGCAAGUAAUGGCUGUGUUUUACAAUAUGUGGUUCAAAGGAGCAGCAGGUUCAGAAUUACAGAAAAGAGUGCACCAUAUCAUAAGUACAGUUUCAUCAGCUGGUGACAUGGGAAUUAAAUACCUCAAGGAACUUCUGAAAAGUAUGAAUGAACAAUUUCUGCAUACUAAUGUCCAAGAAGCUUGCCUUGCUGAAUGUGAACAGAUUUUGGGUUGCAUUAUAGAAAAUGUAGUAAAUUAUGGACAAACUGGUGUAGAUAAGCUCAUUUGGAGUUUUCGUGUAUUGUCUGUUAUGGCUACAGUUUGGCCUCAGCUCUUCGUUCCUCACAUUAUCAAUCUACAUACUUAUCUUAAUUAUCAUUGUGAGGCAGCUGAAAGUUACUAUAUAGUGAAAAGUGCUGCAGAAAUUGUGGAAGCAGUGCUGCCAUUAGUUGACUAUCCAAGUGAAACAUUUCUUUCUGAUGUGGAAGAAUGCUGUAUCAGAAACAUACUUCAGCAACAUUAUAUCCUUGUGAAGUCUAGCAUGUCAUGUUUAGCUGCUGUUGUCAAUAAUGCUACCCAUAAUUAUUCACUAAUAAGGGACUGCUUCUGCAGAUACUUCAUUCAUUUGAGGAACUUCCAAAAGGUACAUGAGAAAAAUCCUGAGGCUCCAGUACUGACAGAGUUUAAAAACUUUUUACGAAGAUCGUUGUAUAUCACUGGGUGCUUCCUAAGAUACUUUGACUUUACUGCUCCAGAACUUCUUAAAGAUUUAGAGGCUGACACUGUGAAGCAGGCAGUUGACAUCUUCAUGUACUUCUUGAAAGAUGAGUGUGGCGACGAACUUCCUGUUGCCCUUUGUGGUUUAGGUGCACUAUGUGUCAACCAUAGUGAGCUCAUGCUUGGAUCGCACAUCAAGGACUUGUACCUCAGAUUCCUCACAACACAUGAAAUCAGUACCUGCAUAAAAAUACAAGUCCUGGAAAACAUAGAAAUGUACUUGGAAGAUGUUGAAGAUCGUUUGAUUAAGGAGGAUAAGAAAUGGACAGAAAUUUCUCACACCCAAAGCCUGAAAGAACGAGGUGAAAAGUGGUCUGGAGUGGCAAGCGCUGUCAUUCAGACAUACUUAAAGGAUAUAUUAAAUACAAACUUUCAUCACAACAAUCAACUGCGUUACAUUGUAUUUGAAAUUGUUCGAAGGAGCUUGUCUCAAGGACUUGUUGACCCUUUGCAGGUGAUUAAUUCAGAAAUAUUGACCACAGAUUAA